CCAACGCGUAGACCAAGUCCGCGGAAAACGACUCUUACCCCUUUACCCAAUAGAAUUCCGCCACGUGUACCACACAAACCCACCCCUUUUAACCGCCAAAUACGAAACCUCCCCAUAUAGCAUAUACCACUCCUCUUGUUCUUCUUCCACUGAACUAUCAGAGACAAAAGCUCAAGAACAUGGCUGAGGAACGCGUCAAUUUAGCUCCGACAGGAAUCUACGGCCGAAGCGACGAACAAUUCGGUUGGAAAAAUCACCGGAAAUCCCAGGAAGAACCAAGCAAGUGCCUCGUAUACAUUCUUGCGACCAUCGUCAUCGUCGUUGGCGGUUGCCUGAUUCUCGCGCAAAUCAUUUUUCGAAUCACGACUCCGAAGGUCGAACUGCUAUCCAUCACAGUUCGAAAUCUGCGUCUCGGCAACUCCUCGAGUCCCUUCUUCAACGCCACGCUAGUAAACGAGAUCGCGAUCAAGAACCCUAAUUUCGGGGGAUUCGAGUUCGAGAACAGUACUGGAAGUGUGGCGUAUAAGAACAUCGGGAUCGUCGGAGAGAUGAAGAUCGUCGGAGGAAGAGUUGACGCUCGGAAGACGGCCAGAUUGACCGGAAUUCAGGUGGAAAUCGCAUCGAAUUCUGGGAAUUUGAGUUCGGAUUUGGGAUUAGGGCUCUUGGAGCUGAGAAGUGUUGCUGAAAUCAAGGGUAGAGUUAAUGUGAUGGGGAGAAGAAGGUGGAAAACUGGGGACAUGAGCUGUACCAUGAAGCUUAACUUGACCGGCCGGUUUAUUCAGGAUUUAUCAUGUGACUAACGGUUCGAUUCGGUCAUCGGUUUAGGAUUCGGUUUAGCUCCAUGAUCAUGUACAUGUUGUGCAUCUAGAAAUUUUGUAUAACUAAAUAUAUAUAUAUUAAAGCAUAAACAUAGCUUACUUAAGAUUCUUGACCUAUUCGCCUCAAAUAUGGAUAGAAUUUAUGUAUCAUUUUAGUAAAAGGAAACAUAUCUAUGCAUGAAAGGAAACAUAUGUAUAAAAUAAAAGGAAACAUAUCUAUGCAUAAAAAUGAUUUUAUAUGAAAAUAAAAGGAAACAUAUCUAUGCAUAAAAAUGAUUUUUAUGUCUGUGCUUAUCGUUUUGGGUUUGCCUUUAAUGCCUUACGGGCCCAAAGAUAGAAGUCUUGAACAAAGGCUCACUAACAUCCACGUGGCGAGAGAUUUCGUCGAGGACGACGUCGUACUCAGUCGCCGCCCCGUCCACUAGUCAUCUUCCGACACGCAGUGACACCUAACGUUACAUUAACGGAGCCGUUAGUCGAAGAUUAAUAG